AUGCCCGACUCGAAGCCCCUCUCGCUCGUGGAGCGAGGUGGCCUCGGCGCCGCCGCCGGCAUCUUCACCACCUUUUUCACCCACCCGUUCGAUGUGAUUCGCGUCCAGAUGCAGGUCGGCGUGUCUGCGCUCGAGUGCGCGCGCACCAGCGUCGCCGCCGACGGCGUUCUCGUGCUCUGGCGCGGCUUCGUGCCCGCCUUUGUCAAGCUGGCGCCGUACACGGUCAUCUCGCUCACGAUGCUCGAGAAGUUCACCGCCCUCUACACCGGCGGCGCGUCCGCGCUCUGA